CAGCCAUCACCCAUCGGUCACCUCCUCGGUGCUCCCGCAUCAUCUGCAGCUGCAGCUGCAUCCCUCAUGCAUGGCGAACCUCUCCAAUCCUGUGCCUGCCACUAAGAGUCCCAACUCACCAACCAACCAAGUGAUCCUCAGUUGGCUCCAUGCCUAUCAUUUGCUUUUCUUCCCCCACUCCAUGGACUGGCCAAGUCCGGUGGCCCAAUUCAAGCAGAUCGCCUCUGACAACCCAGUUCUUCCGAGGACGUGGGCCUAAACGGAUCGUGAACUGUCGUGGCGAACCAACGGGACAAUAUGGUCCACUCGUAAGGGUUGCAAGCAAUGUAACACUAUUGUUGAGCGGCGAAUGCGAACAACUGUCAUUGCUUCUGGGAGCGACAUAUCACCCCCGCACUAGGAAGCUAUGCUCCAUCCCGUACCGCAAGCCUACCCACUCUUGGAAUCGGAUCACAGAGCCUCGAGACAGAUGUCUUUCUCAGGCACAGGAUCUUGCAUCGACAUCUCGUUGGGUGGGUUCGGGAGCGGCGUGCAACGUACCAUCGUGCGUUGUCUUCGGGAUGAGAUUGAGGCUCACUCAUGAAGUUUGUGUCUAGACUCAUUCUGCCGGCCCUCUUACGCCGAUACGGGCAUUAUCCUCAGUUCCUUCUUGGCUGGACCGACCAGGGUUAAACCCUGAUCAUGCAAGCCGCUGUCACUUACCUCAUCGCAAGGAGCUCUGAACCUCAAGGUAUCCUGGUAUCUAGAUUUCCAUCUGUCGAGAUAUGCCGGAAAGAAUUUCUGAGGCUGGGGUCCCAUAGCUGUUUUCUUCUUUGAGCUGUUGGUUGAAAGUACUAGCAUUCGUUGCCUCUUCUUAUUUCUUUGUCUCUCCUCGUUCCUCGAACCUUUGGGUCGAUGUCUGCAUGCCAUCGGAAAACUUAAAAGAACCUUGAAAGUCCCAAGGAUCAGGAUCGUGCGACUUUGACUGCUGAUUGGACGCCUGCUUCUCGUGUGGAGUACUCGGAACCUCAGCCUUGGGCUGACCGUAUAAACUCCAGCGCAGAACUCCAGGCACACCACCAGCUCAAAACCAUAGUCAAUCGUUCUUCGUUCUAAAGAGACGCAGGUAGCCGUCUUCUGCCACGCUCGCUCAUCGUGGAUCAGCAAUUUGCUGCCAUUGACACAAUCUUUUCGACUACUUGCAACAAUUGCGAUGGUUCUUGGACGGACUUUGUGGGCAGUGGUGGGGUUGAUUGGGGUAGCUCGAGCUCAAUACGCAAAUACCACUGAUAUCCCUUCACCAAUCGACGAGGCAGCAGACCGGAGAACGCAUCCUAAGCCGACCUCGAAAGCAGAAACAUGUAAAGCAUCAACUGUAACAGUGCCAGGCGGGUGCUAUCCGAUGACUACUACUGUCACGGUCCCCGCCUCAUACUGCCAUCCCACCACGGUUACUUGCUAUGUUACCGUGACACCUUCAGCGUCUACAAGUACAAAAACCACAACAGUCUAUAUUUCUACCACCCAAACCAAAGACCAGACCUCAACGGUCACUCAAAUAUCAAAGUCGGACGUCUAUAUUACCCAGAAAACAACUGAGAAGGAGACGAAGACGGAGAAACAAACAUCAUAUACCACAGCGACAGAGGAGACGACUACCACCACGACAACUACGGCGAUAUCACUCACGACCAAGUUGAUCACGACAUCUUACCCUUACAAUGUCACAAUUACGAAUUCUUAUGGUUACCCGGUUGUCACAACACUAUGGAAGACGACAACUUCUACAGUGACUUCCAAAAUUCCAACCACGGUUCCGACGACAAUCACGAAGACUACGAGCGUCCUCGUUCCGACCACUUACACGACGACGAGAAAUAUUACCUACACAACAUCCUAUCCGUAUACAGUCAUCAGCGAUCAUACGAUCUGGAAGACCUCCACAAGGACCACGGUUACUACGUACAAGACUACAAGUACUCGCACAGUUCCCACCAUAGUUCCAACGACUACCACUGCGACCAAGACCUCCACGACCACGUCUGUUUCAACUUACUUCACGACACUGACUGAGUCCACGUCGUACCCGGUGACGGUAAUCAGCGAUCACACAACCACGUCGACAGUAUACAGCUUCAGCACAUAUACGACGGUCUCUACUUCGUUGACUACCCGCACUUCUAGGAUCACGGAUACCACCACUGCUACAGCUACAGAGACAUCCGAAGUCACAGACACCACAACAGCAACAGACACGUCAUUCAUUACGGACACGACUACGGCUACGGAUACAUCAUUUAUUACGGACUCCACAACAACGACAACCACAAGCAUUUCCACUCUACUCCUAACUACGACAACGACCUUACCUGCUUCCACUGUCACUUCGUCAAUCUCAGGAUCUUUGACCACGAUUGUUAUUCCACCGAUCACCGAGACGACCACAUCAACCUCGUUAAUCACUCUUCCUGGCCAGGUAACCACGCUACCAGGGGAGGUAACUACACUUCCUGGAGAAAUAACGACACUCCCUGGCGAGGUAACUACACUUCCUGGUGUCAUUACAACAAUUACACUUCCAGGUGAGGUGACGACACUUCCAGGAGAUGUCACAACACUGCCAGGCGUCAUUACAACGGUCACAGCUCCUGGUUCAACUGUGAUUUCAACACUGCCCGGCGAGGUCACGACACUUCCAGGUGUUACCAUCACACUCCCAGGUGUUGUCACAACGAUCACAGCUCCUGGGUCGACUGUGAUUUCGACACUUCCAGGUGAGGUGACGACGCUCCCGGGUAUUACUACAAUAAUCACAAUUCCUGGUUCAACUGUGCUGUCAACGAUUCCGGGUGAGGUGACGACUCUUCCAGGUGCUAUUACAACAAUUACAGCUCCCGGUUCAACUGUGGUAUCAACACUUCCAGGCCAGGUGACUACUCUCUCAGGUGUUAUUACAAUAAUCACAGUUCCUGGUUCAACUGUGCUUUCAACGAUUCCGGGUCAGGUGACUACCCUUCCGGGUCUAGUAACUACCAUUACUGCUCUUGGGCCAACGGUUACGCUUCCCUCUGCGUUGGAUACAGUCACUAUCCCAGGCCCUACAGUUACCGUCCCAGGUACUACAGUCAUUGGACCUGGUGUCACCGUGACCGUCAACGGCCUGGUUGUAUGCCCUAAGCCUACGAAUACACCAGGCGUCGUGGUCAUCCCACAAGACACUGGCCCUACUGCCCUCUGGGGUUGUUCACCUGGUUAUGUUUGCCAUUUACCAAAGCCAGCAGGCUGCACACUCUUCGCUGAUCCGCCGGAUUACGAUUUUCUCUGCGAUGCAAAGUACUGCAUUCCAAGCCCUCCAUUCCCAACAGUGGUCUGGCCGAAGGGGGAAACUUCCUACUAUCCAGUCACUGAAGGAUACUUUAACUUGAACCCAAAAGCCUUCGGUCUGGACUUCACAAUAUUUGUCAUAAACGUUCAAAUAAUCACAGUGACUGGAAAAUACGGGGAAGAAACAGUCAAGACUAUCACAACAGGAGACUAUUCAUCCAAAGCCAGUCUUACUCACUUCGGCUCAACCGACAUCCCUUCCUCAACCCUCACAAUUACCCCGAUUCCAAAGCCAACGCCAAGCCCGGAAAUUUACGUCUACGCAACCUCUUCCGCACUUGCACACCGGAACAAAGCCCGUGGCAGCCUCCACCUCCUCAAACGCGACGACACCAUCGUCCCGGCCGUCUGCUACGCAACUUGCAAUAAUUGCUAUCUUGAAGCGCAGAGCGUGGGCCUCUCACCUGAACUCUGCGCGGGCGAUUCUGCAUUCCAGUCUUCCUACCAAGGCUGCCAAUCCUGCGUCACAGAAAACGGUGACAUCCAAAAGGUUUCCCUCCAAGUCUACGUCCAACCCAAGUUUGCCAUAUUCGUCGACUUCUGCGAUGCACAGGCACCUAUUCCGGUUCUUGAACCAUCGACUUCAACCUCUAUUGCGACAAUCAUUCCAGUUGCGGCCACACAGAGCGUUGUUGGAGCCUCGGAGACCGCACCGCCUACAAGCAGUGUGGAAAUCACGAGUCAAGUCCCAGCUGUUGCCAGUUCCAGCCCUGUACCUAUCUCAAGUUCGGAUACUCCUGCACCAAUUCCGGGUACGACAUCUACCACUCCUGAGUCAAUUCCAAGCGCGACGUCGAGCAGUCCGCCAACAAACACUUCGGGGCUGGUGCAGAUUACUGGAAAUAUGGCAGUCAGCUCCAGAAAGUCCUCGCUCGGUCUUAUGCUUUCCGCCUUGAUCUUCUCGAUACUGGCUCUGUUCCUCUGAGGCUGAUUCUUCGAGUUAUCAUUUCUGUUCAGUCUGCUCUUCUGUCAUACGAUAUUGAUCUUCAGAAUAUAAUCGAUCCCCUUUCUUUCCCAGAAAUCAGCAUUUACAUAUAACGUACCAUAAAUUACGACCACAUACCCAUCAAAUCAUGAUAUACACGAUCCUUAAUUAGCACAUACUUCGCUCAAACAGACACUCGCAACAAUGGCAAUACUAUUGAAACCAACACUUUUACGAUCCUUCUGACACCAGCAUAACAGCAUAUACAUGGACGGCAUUUACCACAAAAAUACCCACUGUCCCUUACCGCACAAUUUUGGAGUUUCGGGGUUUCAGUUUUGAAGGAAUACCUAAUGGGACUUUGGUACGGGAACAUUGAAGGAAAUGAUACCCACACACUCUCUUCUGAAACGUAUGGAUCUGAUUAUAUGACGUUUCAUGGAUGGAAGGGAUUGGGAAAAUAAUAAUGGGUCUUUGUUCAGGUCGUGAAGCGGCCGUAGGACCACUUUGAAACAGUCGCAAUUAUCUCUCUGGCAAAGAGAGAGGACAGAGAAGGAUGAGAAGGGCGGAAGGGCGUGUGAGCGAGGGAGGGAAAGACCGAAGGUAGCGCAAGGCAAGGAAGCAAACAAUGAGAUAACGAACGAUAUUCACUUCUGAUGUCCUUCAUUUAAGUUUAAUGGAGCCAGACAAAUCUGAAGAGGAGAAGCAGCAAGCCAUGUCAUAACAGAAUUCUGGAUAUUUGAAGAAAAUGAGAAAAAUCUUGAUCAAUCCCUCUCCGGAUGCCUUGAAAGUGACAGAGUGCCCGAGAGUAGGGCCGGGCUUCAGCAGGAAGACGUCUUAGUUACAAGCUUAUGUCAGGAAUUUGAGGCUUGUCAUCAAAAUGACGCCCCGCGAAAUCAGAGCGAUGAGUUAUUAGGGCUUUGAAGUCCGGUAACUCCUCUCUUUGGGAGGAUUUUCCUGUUUCAGCCAAACACAUUCCUCCUGGCGUUCCCACCUGCUCUGAGGGAAACUCGCCUCGACUCAGUUCUCUUCUGUCUCUUCCAGGCACUUCCAGCCUUUGAUCCUACGUCGACCACGACAUCACGAAUCCUGCUCGACACAUUUUCCGAGAACACCUUUGGAGUAUAGCUCACAAGCACUACUUUCAUCACAGUCUUGCUCCCUCGAGCCGCCAACCGAGAAAAUAGGUAUAAGAAUGCUUCUGGCAAAGUUUUGCUUCCAGCAGAUAUACUACUGAGAAGUUCAACAUCGAUGACGAUAUAGAUUUUGUUCAUGCCCGCUACGACAGACGCCAGAAGAUCAAACCAUUGGUCUUCAUCCAUCGCAGUCUGGAACCUAGCACAUGUGAUAGCCAUGGGUGCUUCAGCAUGAAGCACCUUGUUGAUCCUUAGUAUCUGCCAUGUGAGGUGCUUCAGGAGAUCCAUCGUAGAAUACACCAGCGAGUACUCGUUCUCGCUUGGUGUUGGGAGUGCCCAUACUACGGGAACUGCAGCAGUUCGAAGAUAUUCGACGAUAUUGACGCAAAAGUCCUUGACUUCGAAGCGCAGCCGGUAGGACCCUUUCACAGCUACAAGCGACGAGGCGGUAUUUCUUUCCCAAUUCUCGAGCUUAGGAUCCAUCGAAAAUCCUUUGCUAGGCGAACCAUGCUUCAGGCUGCGUUUGUUACGAAAGACCCUGUUCUUUUCAAGCGUUACUAGUGGUUCGGGGAAAUUUGUUUGAGCGGAAAUGCUAAGAAUGUUUGAUAACUGCACGUCAAACAAGCGCUGGUUCGUGUUCAAGGCUGCAGCUGCGUUCACAGCAUCAUAUGCUGGGGAAAUUAUCAGCAACCGACGUACGCGAGAUGCUAAUAUUACUCACAGAUCAUCAUCCGCUUCAUCUCAAGAAUAAUUCCUUCGACUCUAGUCUGGCCGCCGCUUAGCGUCUUGACUACGGAAUGCAUGUCUCGUUGUUCGGCUUGGGAACACGCCCAAGCCAAUUUGUCAACAUCAAUAGAGCACUGUUGAAUAUCUUCCAUCAAAUCCUUACAGCGUAUUUCAGCCGGCCUAGUAAGAGAAUGUAUCAUGUGCGAAAGAGUUCCUUCCAUGCACCAGUCUCGAGCACGGACGAAGAAUCUUAUGAUAUUGGCGUAAAGCUCCGCGACGGUCUCUUUCAUGCGUUUCGUUGGAUACAGAACUGCAACUAGUUCCACGCGGGGCAGGGUAUUGGCAAUUUGGGUGAGUGUUUUAGUGUACGCUGCAAGCAGCUGUUCGUGGUUUAUUAUGGCCUAUUUCGAGUGAUACU